CUCGUUGGCCCUGAAAAGAUGAGCGUCUUUUGCCUGAGCGGAGCGUGGCUGCUGGCGAUCGUGGUGUGUGGCGGCUGCACGCCAGCCCCAGCCGCCGAGGGCUCCCUCCCGAUCACCGGCGCCAGCUCCUGCGCGACCUGCGGGCUGGCCCAGCCGGACGAGCCCGGCCAGACCGACGCCCUGCUCCUGGAAGCCGUCAAGAAGCACAUCCUGAGCCGCCUGCAGAUGCGGGAGAGGCCCAACAUCACUCACCCGGUGCCCAAAGCGGCGAUGGUGACCGCCCUGAGGAAGUUGCACUCCGGCAAGAUGAGAGAAGACGGCAGACUGGAGAUCCCACAGCUGGAUGGCCAUGCGACCAGCUACACCAGGAAGGAACUGCAGGAGCAGACCUCGGAGAUCAUCAGUUUCGCUGAGAGAGACGAACCGGAAUCCUCCAAAGCGCGUCUGUACUUUCUGCUUUCCAACGAGGGUAACCAAAACCUGCUGGUGCAGCAGGCCAGCUUGUGGCUAUAUCUGAAGCUGCUGCCGGCCUCCUCCAAGGGAGGCCGGCGCCAAGUGACGGUGAAGGUGUCCCUGCAGGGCUCGGGCGCCGGGGCAUCGACCCGUUGGUCAUCGGUGGAGAAGCGGCUGGAGCUGAAGCGGAGCAGUUGGCACACCUUCCCGGUGACCGAGGCGGUGAGGGCGCAGUGGGAGCGGGGCCUGAGGCGCCACGAGCUGGAGGUCGAGUGCUCAGCCUGCGGGGCGGCGGCCGCGUCGCCGGUGCUGGUGGAGCGCACGGACGAGGCGCACCGGCCGUUCCUGGUGGUGCGGGCGCGCGCUCCAGACGCCAAGCACCGGAUCCGGAAGCGGGGCCUGGAAUGCGACGGCCGCACGAGCCUGUGCUGCCGCCAGCAGUUCUACAUCGACUUCCGGCUGAUUGGCUGGAGUGACUGGAUCAUCGCGCCCGCUGGUUACUAUGGCAACUACUGCGAGGGGAGCUGCCCAGCCUACAUGGCGGGCGCUCCGGGCUCGGCGUCGUCAUUCCACACCGCCGUGGUCAACCAGUACCGCAUGAGGGGCAUGAGCCCCGGCUCCAUGAACUCCUGCUGCAUCCCCACCAAACUCAGCACCAUGUCCAUGCUCUACUUUGACGAUGAGUACAACAUCGUGAAGAGGGACGUGGCCAACAUGAUCGUGGAGGAGUGCGGUUGUGCAUGAGGGCGUUUCAGCAGUCAACCCCCUCCAACCCAUUUUAUUUUGUUUUUUCCGUCAACAAACACUUUUCUCCCCCCUUGAGUGGUUAUCCUCCACGCUUGUAUUUCUCCAACCCUUCCCUUCUCUCCUUCCUCCUAUUGUUGACUUUUCGAGGGUCAAAUUUGGUCCAUUUGGAGCAGGCUCAGCGACAGCCAGCGUCUGACUUGGAACCAUCUCGGGAGCAAAGGUUGGACACAGUUCAACACGCAGUGAUGUCGCUUCUCUCCUAGUGCAUUAAAGACAAAACCCGGUGGAAGCACUCAAAUCCCUUUGAAGCACUGUAAAACUUUUUUUUAAAAAAAGCACAUCAGCAAUGUAUUUAAAUGGUACCAGAGUCACCUUUUUUUAAAAAGGUUUUUUUUUUAGUGUGUGGGGGAAAGGAUUGUUACUUUGCAACUUCGAGCAGAAGUUGAAACACAAUUAUUUAUGCCAAGACUUUUGUUUUAUGCUGUAGUGAGCUGGUGUGGAAAUGGUCGGACCUGAAGGAGCCAGCCUUGUGUUUUUGUUUUGCUUUCUCUCCCACUGUAGAGUUUACACAUGCACUUCUGUUUGAACCGUGGACGCACAGAAGUGGAAAAUAAAAGAGAAAAGCAUGUCGAUCUAACCGCUGAGAAACUUUUGAGAAACUGACCGUUACUCGCCAGUAAACAAACUACCCCUCUUGGCCGCCCCACGGAAAGUAACUUCUGGUCAACAAUCCAGGCAGCUCAGAACACUGGGGUCUCUGUUUUCUGUUCAGUCAACCUGACUGUGUCUCGGACAUGGAUAGGGGCGGUUUGAAUGACGACUUGGCGAAGAUUUCAACCAACUUCCAAAUAACGAAUCGACUCAUUUUAACACAAUUAUCCAUCAUCUGUGGAAUGCAACACGUUUAGCCCCCUUUCCCCCGCCCUUCCCGAGUCUGUUUUUCUCUUUUCCUACAAUGUGUUUUAAUCGUACCUUCCAUCCCCUUCUAGCCUUCUUUCUUUUACCAACUGUUUUCAGAUGACGAAUGAAUUCACAGUGGGCCAAAUGGGCGAUUGUAUUUAAAAGAGGUCCUUCAGCGAUAGCACGGUCCAAGAUCACUACACAAUGAAUGGAUGCAAUGUGCAUUAUUGAUCAUAUCUUGCGUUAAGAUGCUGGAGCUGCAUAGCACUUACAAAGUACCGAACGCACAUUAAGCACUUGUUCUGAACGCCUUGACGAUAAAAAAAAAUGGUACUUAAAACAGUGCACUUGUCAUGAAUUACCCAACUCCGUUCGUUUCUUAAUAAGUGCCGGUUGGGAGCUAUGCAAUGGAAGCGAUUGGCAGUAAACAGGUGAAUUUGUCGGAUUUAAAAUCUUUCCAAUUACUUGAAGCUAAAUCUUUCGCUUCCGGUAUACGGCGAAUGAUUGUUUUAUAAUAGUUCUGUUCGCGUUUUCUAUUUGCACUGAGAAGUUGCGUUGAUUAGUUUUUAAAAAAAAAACUGCCAUUUUUAAAAAAAAAGUGAAAAUAUUAUUUUUAUAGAAAGAAGAAGAAUUCUGGGGGGAGGGGUAAUCGAAAUGUAUUAUAAUAUCAAUGGAUUAAAUAACGGAACCAAAGAGGUCAAGUAUUUAGUAUUCUGUAAAUGUCAUCGGGCGGCAAGGCCGUUGAGAAGUUUAAUGUUAAGUGUGGCUGAUUAGCAAGGAAGAUGAAUAUUUUGUCAGCUUCAUGUUAUUUCAAUGUUUCAAUAACCCGUGUAAUUUAAUCACAAGCUAGCACAUUUUUUAUAUCCAUAGUACCAACCUGUCCCAUUCUGGCUGCAUCAUACCUUUAUUGUUAAAUGUGUGGUCAUUUCAAACUGGUUCAGAUUCAUCUCCAUUUACAGGCUAACAGCUGGACUAUUUGACAUUUCUGUACAGUUUGGCUACAAUAAAAAAAAAAGAAGC